CCUGGCUCUACCUCUUCUGCCGCACGUCACCAUGGCAGAAUCUUUAGGCCCUUUGUCUGAUCCGAGGGCUGAAAGUACCAUGCUGGAAAUCAACCAACAGCUUCAAUCCCAGCUGGCACAAAGGAAACAGGACUUUAGAGACCUCAGAGAGAAAUUUCUUGUAUCUGAAUCUACUGCCUACAUCCUGGCCAACCAGCUGCAGAAAUACAAGUGUGGAGAGUGCAAAGGCAUCGUUGAGUCUGUGCUGGGAGAGAAGCUGCAGUUUGAGGAGGGGAAGCUGACAGAGGAGGCAGCCUUAGUUGAGAAGCUCAGGAAAUGUGAUAUCCUAAUUCAAGGUCAGGCUCAAGAGCUGACCCAGUUACAGCAAAAGAUACAGGAAGGCAGAAAAGUCUCUGUCGUACUCAAUCAGUGUCUCCAAGACCUCCUCAGCCACAAUGACCCUGCCAACUACCAGGGGCAGGGCUUCCGAGAGCAACUGGCUGAGGGACACAGGCUGGCAGAGCGCCUUGCCCAAAAGCUCAGCCCAGAAAAUCAUGGAGCUGAGGAGGAUGAAGAAGAAAAGGCGUCCCUAGACCCCAGCAGGGAGCUACAGGAGAAGGAGGAAGUGGAUGAUGUGCGUCAGGACUCAUUGGAGGAACAGUGUGUGACUCUUUCCACUCACCGAGACUUGUCUCACCCCUGCCAAACUCCAGAUAGUACCCCCAUCCCGGCUGAGGAGUAUGAAGUCUGCUCUGCUCUUGAUGUAGCCAAAACUCAAAAGGAUCAGAAGGAUGAGGAAAGAGAAGGGUCAACAGCCCCCAGGCUCAGCAGGGAACUACAGGAGAAGGAGGAAGGGAAUGAUGUGCGUCAGGACUCAUUGGAUGAACAGUGUUUGACUCUUUCCACUCAGCGAGACUUGUCUGACUCCUGCCAUUCCCCAGACAGUACUCUUAUCCCGUCUGAGGAGCAUGAAGUCUGCUCUGCUUUUGAUGUAGCCAAAAAUCGUGAAGCCGAGGAGGAUGCAGAAGAGAAAGAACCACCGUCCAAAAUGAAUGAUCAGAGGAGGGAAAAGGACAGGGAAUUCGAUUUUCUAAUUCGAGUUCAGGCACGAGAGCUGAGCCAGUUACGCCAGAAGAUAGGGGAAGGGAGAGACUUCGCUAUCCUGCUAAAUCAGCACCUCAAGGACCUCCUCACCCACGGUGACCUUGACAACUCCCAGGGGCAAGGCUUCCAAGAGCAGUUGGCUGAGGGACGCAGGCUGUCAGAGGGCCUUAUCAGCAAACUCAGCCAAGAAAACCAUGAAGAUAAGGAUGAAGAACAACUAGAAUCACUGACCCCCAGGAAAUACCGUUUCCUAAUUCAUGAUCACGCACGAAAGCUGACCCAGAUACGCCAGCAAUUACGGGAAGGAAGAGAGGUGUCUAUCCUACUGAAUCAGCACCUCAAGGACCUCCUCACCCACGGUGACCUUGACAACUCCCAGGGGCAGGGCUUCCGAGAGCAACUGGCUGAGGGACGCAGGCUGGCAGAGCGCCUUGUCUGCAAGCUUAGCCCAGAAACCCAGGAGGAUGAUGAAGAUGAAGAAGAACAAGAAUCGCUGACCCCCAGUCUGGAGAGGGAGCUGCAGGAGAAGGAGCACGUGAAGGAAGUCCCUCAAGAUCCAUUGGGUAAACAGUAUUUGACUCCUUCCAGUCGUCGUGAUCUGUCUAGCUCCGGAGAAGCCCUCAGAAGCACCGCCUGCGUGUUUAAUGAGACUAAAGUCAGCUUGGCUCUGGAUGCAGCCAAGCUGGGUUUGACUGCUACUCUCAGAAUGAAGAACCCUCCCUCAGAACCUCUGAAGGGUGAUGCUCUUGAGGGCUCGGCUGCCAACAAGCAUGGGUGUCAAGUCAUCGGCCACGGUAACACCUCAAGCGUCAUGAAACAGAGGAUUCUCCAAAGAAAAGCACGGCUCAGCAAAUGGAGACUAGCGUGCAGAUUCCCUGGCCUUCAAGCUUAGGGUCCAGAGAUACCAAGUACUUGUGGAACGAAGAAAAGAAGAAACCCCAUUAUGAAAAGUCGCUUUUCCACUUGAUGAAAAAAAUAUAAACCAGCAAAUCAAGUUAAAGCCCCCAAGAAAACUCUAGAGGGUCCUUGGCUUAGAAUGAACCUCACAACCAGACACCACUCUCCAAGAUUUUUACUCCAACAGCCUGGUUUGAUGGGAGACAUCCCAGCCCUUCAGCCUCCAAUUGUGAUAAAUCGCUAAGGAGACCAAUGCCUAGAUCCACACACAGUUCUGAGAGACCUUAACGCUUGCUCCUCUCAAUUCCCGUGCUGUCCCUAACCGGAAUCGGGAACAACUGGAAAAAGACAACAUGGCAAACCGGAUAUUCUUUGCCACCAGCAGGGCUGUGCUAGGAGCAGACAGCGUUAACCAUGCAG